AUGGCUAUGCGGUCGGACUCCAGCGCCAAGCGCUCGACAAGGGCAGCAACUCUAACUCUGGAGGAUGGGACCGUGCUCCAUGGCUACUCCUUUGGAGCGGACGUGUCUGUUGCGGGGGAGGUGGUGUUCAGCACCGGCAUGGUCGGGUAUGCGGAGUCCCUGACGGAUCCCUCCUACAAGGGACAGAUGCUUACUCUUACCUACCCGAUGAUCGGAAACUACGGCGUGCCGGACCGGAGCCUUCGGGACGAGUUCGGGCUCGCUAAGCACUUCGAGAGCGACAAGAUUCACGCUUCUGCGCUGCUCGUGCAGGACUACUCGCACCACUACUCCCACUGGGAGGCGACGUCGUCCCUCGGGGAUUGGCUUAAGGAGGAGGGUAUCCCAGCCAUCGGUGGCAUCGACACCCGGCAUCUCACGAAGAAGAUCAGGGAUAAGGGGGCGAUGCUUGGAAAGCUGGAGGUGGAGGGGGGGGGAGAGAUUGCCUCUUUCUCGGACCCGAACAAGAGGAACCUUGUGGCAGAGGUGUCAAUCACGGAGCCCCGGGUGUACGGCAAGGGGAACCCAAUCAAGGUUCUGGCGGUGGACUGUGGCGUGAAGAACAACAUCAUCCGAAUCCUGUGCAAGAAGGGUGCGGAGGUUACCCUAGUGCCAUGGGACUACGACCUCUCCGCCGACGCCCACAAGUUCGACGGAAUUUUCCUGUCCAAUGGGCCGGGAGACCCGACGAUGUGCGUGUCGACGGUCAAGCAGAUGGAAAAGAUCAUUGCCCUGGAGGGUGACGAUAUGAAGCCCAUCUUCGGCAUCUGUAUGGGGAACCAGCUGGUGGGGCUGGCGGCCGGGUGCACCGCCGAGAAGCUACCUUUCGGAAACCGUGGCCAGAACCAGCCGGUAGUGAACCGCCUGACGAACGAGUGCUACAUUACUCCCCAAAACCACGGCUACGCCAUCGACGACACCAAGCUUGGCCAGGGGUGGCAGCCUCUCUUCACCAACGUGAACGACGGCACUAACGAAGGCGUUCGCCACGAGACAAAGCCCUUCUUCAGCGCCCAGUUCCACCCGGAGGCACAGGGAGGACCAACAGACACGGAGUUUCUGUUCGACGUGUUUCUCGAGGCGGCUAAGAGCGGCCACCGCGGCGCGAUCGACUUUGCCAAGAGGAGUGCACCGCCCGCCAAGCCAGAUAUCAAGAAGGCGCUCAUGUUGGGAUCGGGAGGGCUGAGUAUCGGGCAGGCUGGAGAGUUCGACUACAGCGGCUCGCAGGCGAUCAAGGCUUUGAAGGAGGAGGGCAUCGAGGUGAUCCUCAUGAACCCCAACAUCGCCUCCGUACAAACGAACACCGACAACAAGAGCCCGCACAAGGCAGACCAGGUGUUCUUUUUGCCGGUGACACCGGAGUUCGUGGAGCACGUCAUCAAGCGUGAGAAGCCCGACGGGAUUGUCGUGUCUAUGGGGGGGCAGACGGCUCUCAACUGCGCCGUGCAGCUGCACGAGGCCGGCAUCCUCGAAAAGUACAACGUAAAGGUGCUCGGAACCCCGGUGCAGGCGAUCAUGGCAACUGAGGACCGGGAUGUCUUCAACCAGAAGCUCAUGGAAAUCGGCGAGAAGGUGGCCCCGUCGGAGGCUGUGGUGGGGGUGGAGGCGGCCGUUGUGGCGGCCAAGAAGAUCGGGUUCCCCGUCAUGAUCCGGUCUGCGUAUGCCCUCGGCGGUCUCGGAUCAGGCAUUUGUGACACGGAGGAGGCUCUCAGGGAUAUGGGGAGCAAGGCGCUGUCGCUUAGCAACCAGAUCCUGGUGGAAAAGUCCCUCCGUGGCUGGAAGGAGGUGGAGUACGAGGUCGUCAGGGAUAGCGUCAACAACUGCAUCACCGUCUGCAACAUGGAGAACUUUGACCCGUUGGGCGUGCACACCGGAGACUCUAUCGUGGUUGCCCCUAGCCAGACCCUCAGCAACACCGAGUACCACAUGCUCCGACAGACUGCCCUCAAGGUGGUGAGGCACUUGGGAAUCGUGGGGGAGUGCAACAUCCAGUACGCGCUCGACCCGCACUCAUUGGACUACUGCAUCAUCGAGGUGAAUGCUCGGCUCAGCAGAUCUUCGGCAUUGGCCUCCAAGGCCACCGGUUACCCUCUCGCGUUCGUGGCGGCCAAGCUGGGCAUGGGCAUCACGCUCCCCGAUAUCGAGAACGCCAUCACCAAGAGAACGAUGGCUUGCUUCGAGCCCUCUUUGGACUACUGCGUGACCAAGAUCCCUCGGUGGGACUUGUCCAAGUUUGAGGGCGUGUCGAGCAACAUCGGAUCGGCCAUGUCUAGCGUUGGAGAGGUCAUGGCGAUCGGGCGCACUUGGGAAGAGAGCAUGCAGAAGGCUUUGCGCAUGACCGACCCCAGCGCGAUUGACGGCUUCCAACCGCACGGCAGGAUCAGGACCAUGCCCGAGAUGCUGAAAGUGCUGGACAAGCCGACGGACCUCCGCGUGUACACCAUCGCACAGGUAAUGGCGGAGGGUUCGAUGACGGUUGACGAGAUCCACGACUUGUCCAAGAUCGACCACUGGUUCCUCAGGAGGCUGGAGCGCAUCACGAACUUCAGCAAAAAGAUUGAGGGCUCCGAGCUGUCCUCUUUCAGCCGGGAGGACAUGCUUGAGGCCAAGCAGCUGGGGUACAGCGAUAUCCAGAUCUCGCAGCGAGUGGGCGCCACGGGAGGCGAGGUGCGCGAGGCUCGCAUACGGUUCGGAGUGACGCCGUCCGUGAAGCAGGUGGAUACCCUCGCCGCGGAAUACCCGGCACAAACGAACUACCUCUACAUGACCUACCACGGUGACGAGGAUGACGUGGAAAGCGACGGUGGAGGCGUGAUGGUUCUCGGGAGCGGGACGUACCGCAUCGGCAGCAGCGUGGAGUUCGACUGGUGCGGCGUAAGCGCCAUCCGAACACUCCGCAACAUGGGCUUCAGGAGCACCAUGGUUAACUACAACCCUGAGACGGUUUCGACGGACUACGAUGAGUGCGACCAGCUCUACUUCGAGGAGUUGAGCGAGGAGCGUGUGCUGGACAUCUACAACAAGGAGAGCCACAAGGGUGUUGUCGUCAGCGUGGGAGGCCAGAUCCCGAACAAUCUGGCGAUGCACUUGCACAAGGGAGGAGCCAAUAUCUUGGGGACUACCCCCGACAUGAUCGACAACGCCGAGGACCGCAACAAGUUCUCGGCCAUGAUCGACGACAUGGGGCUCCAGCAGGCGGCGUGGAAGGAGCUCACCACCACGCAGAGCGCCCUGGACUUCGCCACCGAAGUGGGCUACCCGGUGCUUAUCCGACCGUCGUACGUUCUAUCGGGUGCGGCGAUGAACGUCGCCUACACCAAGGAGCAGCUGCUGAGGUGCCUUGACCAGGCCGCCGACGUUUCUCAAGACCAUCCCGUCGUUGUCUCGAAGUUCAUCAACGGUGCCCGCGAGAUCGAGAUGGAUGGCGUCGGCCUUAACGGGGAGGUGGUGGCGGCAGCAACGCACGUGCACGUCGAGAACGCCGGGGUGCACUCUGGCGACGCGACGCUCAUUCUGCCGGCGGGGCCCGAGGACAUGACCCCCUACAUGUUCAAGAGGGUGCAGGACGCGACCAAGGCCGUGGCGAAGAGGCUCAACAUCACCGGUCCGUUCAACAUGCAGUUCAUCGCCAAGGGCACCGACUGCAUGGUCAUCGAGUGCAACCUGCGGGCCUCUCGAUCUUUCCCUUUCGUCAGCAAGACGAUGGGAGUAGAUUUCAUUGAGAUCGCCACUAAGGUGAUGACGGGCGAGAGCGUGGAGGACAUGAAUGCGCCCAAGCUGUACGAGACUGGGCGACCACAUGGCUACGUCGCCUGCAAGGCACCCAUGUUCUCUUUCACCAGACUCAGGGGGGCAGACCCGGUGCUGGGUGUGGAGAUGGCGUCUACGGGAGAGGUGGCGUGCUUCGGCGUAAACAAGGAAGAAGCGUUCCUCAAGGCGCUGCUUUCCACGGGGUUCAAGCUUCCCGCCAAGAACAUCCUCUUGUCGGUGCAAGAGAGCAUGCUCGACGACAUGGUGCACUUGGCGCACGACCUGCACGAGCUGGGGUACCACAUCCACGCCACCGACGGCACUCACGACCGUUUGAAGGACAAGGGCGUCCCCGCGACCCUCCUCCAGUUCCCAGGAGGACAGCGUGAGGGCCCGACCGUAAUCGAGCACAUCCGCUCCAAGAAGAUCGACCUAGUGAUCAACCUGCCGACAGCGGAGAGCAAACGCCUCGUGGACAACUACCACGUCCGCCGCACGGCAGUGGAUCACGGCAUCCCGCUCCUGACCAACCUCAACCUCGUCAAGCUUUUCACCUCCUCGCUCAUGUACAACAAAAAGCAGAAGCUGGUGGGACUAGACCCCGACAGCUUGUUCGACUACUACGCUAGGGAAAAACCGGAAGAGGCCUGGACACACGAGAAGGAAUUCCACUGAAGACACAGCAGCGCGACGUUCACCACAGGCAGGACGCAGUUUUGGCGGCCGAUCGUCCCAACCAUAUUCUACGAUAGUACUGGUACACUUGAUUAGACUGCGACGUUGCUUGUUACGCUAGCAGGGAACGCCGUUUUUUGUGUAUCGCGCGUGGGUCGGAACUGCCCCGCCUCGAUGUAUUAGAAGUUCGCAGAACGAUUUAAUAUUUGCGAAGUUAGGUUUUCAGUUGUUCGGUUUCGUUGUCAGCUAGUUACUGUUAGUGUUGUCGUCGUCCGUCGGUGGUCAGUGUUGAUUUGUCUUCCUUGCUACGCAGAGGAUGACGGGAUUGAACAUUUGCAGUUUGCCUUUACAAUACAGUAUUUUCUUGUUCGGCCUCUUCUAUUUCUGCAGAUUUUCGGUUAGGUUUAAGUGUGCAUGCGUGCCCACCGUUGGCGCGAAUUUGGUCAGAUCCAUAUAUAUGCCAUGCGCAAUGCCGGAA